AUGACGAAGAGGUUGAGGAAGGUGCCAACGAUGCCCAGCAAGGCCAAAAUGGACUCCUCCUGCUCCUCCUUGCUCUCCAGCGCCCGCACCUCCUCAAUUGUGAUGACCGUGGGACCCAUGGCCAUAAUGCUCGCUCAACCUGGCAGGGGUGCUGCUGGCACUUAUCUGCAGAGAGGGAGAUGAAGGCAGCCCAUGUGACAUAGGCACAUACAGAGACAAACAUUAGAGAAAAGAAACAACGCAAGCCCACAAUCAAGAGAACACAGACAAUGGGAAUGAAUUUAGAUGUUUCGUUUCAGGCUGCACUGCUAUGAUGCAUCCAACUCCCCUCCCCACUCAUCCUCUCCUACAUGUGCUUUAUACAGCACCCUGGGGAAAAUUGAACCAAACAGCCCUCGACUAGCCUAGCCAACCACCAAUUCCUCAAGAAGAAAUCAAUGGUGAUCGAAUAAAACAUUUGCCAUGCACUGUUUAGUUAUUGCCAAAGCUGUUGUGCCCCACCACAAUAGAAUCCUAGUAUUCAACAUCCCUUACUGUCUAGCUGCAACGAAAACGUUGAACGCCCCGCAAAUGUCAAAACGAGCAUCAUUUAAUGCUCCCAUUUAGAGCCCCAUACACCCACCCUCCCCUUUUUCCCAAAGGUAGUUAAUGAUUUUCUUUCCACCCCUCUGUGUACGGAGCAGGGGCUCUAGCUGGUGUCAGACCUCCCAGGGAAAUCUACAGGGAGGUAAACAGUCAGUGACACUGCCACAUCCAGCAAGGGCUGAGAGGCAGGCAGCGCAACGCUACAGCCACAACACCGUCAACAAUAAGCAGCCCGCGGAAACACAGCAGCCACCUCUGAAUCUCAAACAGGCAGAUCCUACCAUCCAUCGGAAAAAAGAGACAGAAUAGAAAGAGAGGUGAAAAAGGUUUCUUACCCUACAGCGUGAAGAGUGGGGUGACAUCCAGCAUGCUUUUGGGUCCUCAAUGGAGAAGCAUGGCCACACACGGGAGCCUGCAUUAGGAGGAAGCGGGGGACAGGGGGAGGCUGGCUGCGUAGCCAAGAGAAGGAAAGAAAAGGAAAAGGAGAUCCUGGCUCCCAACUGAGCCUUGGUGCGUGGCUCUGCGCAGACACCUGCUCUCUGUGAAAAAUCACACCCUUCUUGCCCGUAUGAGUUCUCCAGUCCUCUGCGCCACCCCCUGGGUUAAAUGCUGCCUUGGUUUUGGUUGCGUUAUAGUCUCCUUUUUUGCUUUUGUUAUUUUAUUCCUCAGGUCUCCACCACCAAAGCUGAAGCACUAUGGGGCUUGGAGAAACCCUCUCCCAUACGCUCCCCCUUCCUCCCCACUACUAUCCCCAUCCUCCCGCCCCUUUCUCUCCAAUUCCAAAUUCCACCACAGCCCCCCUCUUCUUCCUCCUCAGCUCUUCUUGUCUCUUUGACCCUCUUAGCAGCUCAAAGAGAGAGUGCCACAGUCUCUGUGACAAAUGUACACGCCCCCUCUUCUCUCCUCCUUUCUUGCUUCCCACUUUCGGAAGCAGAGCAAUUAGUGCCUUUCAGUGACGCCUCUCUCUCGCCUACCGCUGAACCCCGGAGGCACAGCCGCGCAUGGUUACUCUGGAGACGGUAGCGCUUGCGGCGGCUACAACCACACUAGGUGGAUACUACAGACAGCCCACCCCUCAGCAAGUGGUAUUCCAAAGAGCCAGGUAGAACAGUAAAAUCCCAGAGAGCUGUGUGUGGAGAACCAGAGAGCUAGAAAGCCUGAGUGCUGCUGCGUAGCUGUUGCUGUGUUGGUCUGCACCUGCAGCUGGUGGUGGCUGUGUUGUGGCGGGUCCCCUGUGCAAGCUGUGCCGUGGGAUAGACGUGCAUUGCAUAACCAAGCAGAGAGAGAGAGAGGCUGGGUCCUUGUGGCGGGAGGAGAGCGAGAGAGGGAGUGGAGAGGGGGACAACGCUCAUGCUUCCCACAGUCUCCUCCUCCGCUGUGGGGGCUGGUUGAGCACACACCACCGGCGCUAUUACCGCCAACCAAAUAGAAGAGAUGAAGCGACCUCUUCCUCAAUGCAGCACGGCGGCAGAAGGCACGUAGCGCACUGUCUAUCCCUUUGUUAGGCACAACUAGACUGGAGAAGAGAAUGCGGGAGGGACAGCAAUAGGAGGUGGCUAAGAGAUGAGGCGUGGUGGGGGUUGUAGAAAUAUCUGUUCUUCAGGGGUCUCUACUCUGAGAAGCAGUAGCAACAAUUUUUUGUCAUUUAGCAGACGUUCUUAUCCAGAGUGACUUAUAGUAGUGAGUGCAUACUUUUUUCAUACUGGUCCCCCGUGGGAAUCGAACCCACAACCCUGGCAUUGCAAGUGCCAUGCUCUACCAACUGAGCCACAUGGGAACCUUUUGUUCUUCCACACCCCCAUUUCUCUCAUCCUCACCAGAGGGACUGUUGUCAUGGACUGGUGUUCCCCCUGAACCACCAAAUUGCAAUGUCAUGUUGUGUGCAAAAAUGGUACCCCCACUCAAAUGGUACCCCCACCAGCAUGUUGUAUGUCCUCCAUCACCCCCUACACAAUAGUUAGACCCCCACCCAACAUGUAGAAGUGCUGUGGUGACAUUGACAAACACAAGAAUCCCCAGAAGGAUUGCUUUAUCUAAAUGUAUGUCAACGUGUAUGAUCCAAUCAAAGUUUCCUCAGCAGUGACUCACUCCAGUCCUUUAGCACUCCUCCUCCUUCAUCGCUCCUCAUCUUAUUCUUACAUUUCAGUGAAGUACAGGAUAUGGUUAUCACUCUAUAUGAGUUUAACCUGUUUUUGCGCCUAACACUGUUUUAUUUUGGUUUUCUACCAUGUGAUCGAUCGGACACCGACUUGUGAAUGUGUUGGCUCAAUUUUAUGUACCUCCCCAUCCAGUCCCUUUCCAGCCCGAUCAAUUAUACAAGGUCCCCAGGCCGGCCUUGCGGUUACAAGCCUGUUUUGGAGUCUUAGCAAGCCAUGACCAUGAAGGUCCACUACUUAACUAUCGGAUUUGUCUCUGCUUUGCAAACAGAUCGUACUGCAAGUGUAAUGUACAUUUGUAUUUAUUAUGGAUCCUGGGGUCCAGUAAAAUGAAGGCAGUUAUACAAUUUAAAAAACAUUACAAUACAUUCACAGAUUUCACAACACACUGUGUGCCCUCAGGCCCUUACUCCACCACUACCACAUAUCUACAAUACAAAAUUCAUGUGUGCGUGUGUGUAUAGUGCAUAUUCUAUCGUGUGUAUGCAUGCGUCUGUGCCUAUUUUUGUGUUGCUUCAUAUUCCCCAUUGUUCAAUAAGGUGUAUUUUUAUGGGUUUUUUAAAUCUAAUUUUACUGCUUGCAUCAGUUACUUGAUGUGGAAUAGAGUUCCAUGUAGUCUUGGCUCUAUGUAGUACUGUGCGCCUCCCAUAGUCUGUUCUGGACUUGGGGACUGUGACGAGACCUCUGGUGGCAUGUCUUGUGGGGUAUGCAUGGGUGUCCGAGCUGUGCGCCAGUAGUUCAAACAGACAGCUCGGUGCAUUCAACAUGUCAAUACCGCACACAAAUACAAGUAGUGAUGAAGUCAGUCUCUCCUCUACUUUGAGCCAGGAGAGAUUAACAUGCAUAUUAUUGUUAUCUCUCUGUGUACAUCCAAGGGCCAGCUGUGCUGCCCUGUUCUGAGCCAAUUGCAAUUUUCCUAGUCCCUUUUUAUGGCACCUGAUCACACGACUGAACAGUAGUCCAGGUGUGACAAAACAAGGACCUGUAGGACCUGCCUUGUUGAUAGUGCUGUUAAGAAGGUAGAGCAGCGCUUUAUUAUGGACAGACUUCUCCCCAUCUUAGCUGCUGUUGUAUCAAUAUAUUUUGACCAUGACAGUUUACAGUCCAGGGUUACUCCAAGCAGUUUAGUCAUCUCAACUUGCUCAAUUUCCACAUUUAUUUAUUACAAGAUUUAUUUGAGGUUUAGGGUUUAAUGAAUAAUUUGUCCCAAAUUCAAUGCUUUUAGUUUUAGAAAUAUUUAGGACUAACUUAUUCUGUGCCACCCACUCUGAAACUAACUGCAGCUCUUUAAGUGUUGCAGUAAUUUCAGUCGCUGUAGUAGCUGACAUGUAUAGUGUUGAGUCAUCCCCAUACAUAGACACACUGGCUUUACUCAAAGUUAGUGAAGAUUGAAAAAAGUAAGGGGCCUAGACAGCUGCCCUGGGGAAUUCCUGAUUCUACCUGGAUUAUGUUGGAGAGGCUUCCAUUAAAGAACACCCUCUGUGUUCUGUUAGACAAGUAACUCUUUAUCAACAAUAUAGCAGGGGUGGUAAAGCCAUAACACAUACGUUUGAUCAAUAAUGUCAAAGCCGCACUGAAGUCUAACAAAACAGCCCCCACAAUCUUUGUAUCAAUUUCUCACAGCUAAUCAUCAGUCAUUUGUUUAAGUGCUGUGCUUGUUGAAUGUCCUUCCCUAUAAGCGUGCUGAAAGUCUAUUGUCAAUUUGUUUACUGUAAAAUAGCAUUUUAUCUGGUCAAACACCAUUUUUUCCAAAGGUUUACGAAGGGUUGGUAACUGGCUGUUUGGUCGGCUAUUUGAGCCAGUAAAAGGGGGCUUUACUAUUCUUAGGUAUCGGAAUGACUUUUGCUUCCCUCCAGGCCUGGGGGGGGCACACUUUCUAGUAGGGUUCAAUUGAAAAUAUGGCAAAUAGGAGUGGCAAUAUCGUCCGCUAUUAUCCUCAGUAAUUUUCCAUCCAAGUUGUCAGACCCCGGUGGCUUGUCAUUGUUGAUAGACAACAAUAAUUUUGGCAACUCUUCCACACUCAUUUACGGAAUUCAAAAAUUACAAUGCUUAUCAUUAAAGUAGUUGGCAAUAUCAGUGGGUUUUGUGAUGAAUGAGCCAUCUGAUUCAAUGAAUGAUGGAGCUGAGUUUGCCUUUUUCCCCAAAAUGUAAUGUAAGGUGCUCCAAAGCUUUUUACUAUCAUUCUUUGUCAUUUAUCUUUGUUUCAUAGUGUAGUUUCUAAUAUUUUUAUUUCAGUUUAGUAACAUUAUUUCUAAAUUUGCAAUACGUUGUGCAGCCAGACUUAUUUGGUUAAGGGCUUGUAAGUAAGCAUUUCACUGUAAGGUCUACACCUGUUGUAUUCGGCGCAUGUGACAAAACAGAAGUUUUGCAAAAAACAAGCAUUUCUAUUAGGGGUGGGCACGGUUAUUCGACUAUCUGAACGGAUGUUAGUAUUCGAUUACUUGGGAGACUUAUUUUUUGAUUUAAAAAAAAUUCCUUUUUCUUUUAAGGCUUUGUCUAAAAUUAAAUAAAUUAUGUGACAAUGCUACAUAGCCUACCAGGAUAGACCAUUGCAUUUCAAAUUUGAAUAAAACAACAGUUUUAUGACAGUUACCCAUUAAACAGAGACACACGUGUAGCUUGUUAUUGACGGUCAAUCAAAGCGGCGCUACAGUCAGAGGCUCCAUGUGUCGCAAGUGAAGUGGGAGAUGAAUAAUCAAUGCAAAAUGGAAUUAAAAUCUCGCUAGUGCUCUCUCUCGUGCUGUCGCUCACACUCGUGCUCCCGAUUUCACUCGCGAUCUCGCUCACUUUCGCUCUCGCGUUCUCUCACUCACACUUUCUAGCUCGCGUGCUCACAUUCUCACACACUCAACUUCUAAUUCAGAUUGCUUUAUGGGCAUGAAAUGCAAUUUGUAGAUAUUGCCAAAGCAGUAUAGUGGUACAGCAUUUCAGUAAAUACAGUACAAUGCAAUAAGGAUAAUGAAAUACAGUUCAUUUCAGUAGCAGUAAUAAUUGUUAAUAGUACAUAUAAUCAUGUAUACAGGUACACUAUUGCUGUUGUGUAAUCUUCGGUCGAUACAUUAAAUUAAAAGAUUAUAAAAGAAUGGCAAAUAAAUAAACAACUUGGAAUUUGGCCCUAAAAUUGAUCCACCAUCCAAAUGUUUUAUUAUUUCCCUGUUAUGUGCUGUGUAAUGCUAAUUAGGUGGGUGCUUAAAUUUGUCCUAUUUCACACAAGUACAAGUGUGUGUUUAGCAUAUUUUCGGUUUAGAUGUUUCUUUUUAAAAUGCACUAUGAAUUAUGUAGGUUGAAAUGCUGUAGCACAGAAUACAACAAUUAAUAAAAGUCCCAUGAUGUUAGUGAUUGCCCAUUACUGCUUAUCACUUAACUGUUUAUUCACAUUACUUUAAUAAAAUAUUUCAGUUGUGUAUAUUACAUUUGUUUUAGGCCUAUUUGAUGACUUUAUUUCAAGUCAUCUCAUCUCAAUAAAGCAGCUGCCUAUGCUGUCUGACAAUCACUAUUUUUGUAGCCCUUCAACAUAAAUAAGGCAUACUUUAAUGACUGCUGAAUACCAAUCACUUAGAUCAUGUAUUUUCAGGUAGAGAUACCUCACGAAGCAGCCUGCUCUCUAUCCCGUGUUGUUCUCUCUUCUCUCUGCACCACACAGACCGGACACGUAGGCGAGCAAGGGAUUAUGGUCAUUGUCGUUAAUUACCACGUUUUCUGCACUAAACUACAGUUGAAGUCGGAAGUUUACAUACACUUAGGUUGGAGUCAUUAAAACUUGUUUUUCAACCACUCCGCAAAUUUCUAGUUAACAAACUAGUUUUGGCAAGUCGGUUAGGACAUCUACUUUGUGCAUGACACAAGUAAUUUUUCCAACAAUUGUUUACAGACAGAUUAUUUCACUUAUAAUUCACUGUAUCACAAUUCCAGUGGGUCAGAAGUUUACAUACACUAAGUUGACUGUGCCUUUAAACAGCUUGGGAAAUUCCAGAAAAUGAUGUCAUGGCUUUAGAAGCUUCUGAUAGGCUAAUUGACAUAAUUUUAGUCAAUUGGAGGUGUACCUGUGGAUGUAUUUCAAGGCCUACCUUCAAACUCAGUGCCUCUUUGCUUGACAUCCAUGGGAAAAUCAAAAAACAGCCAAGACCUCAGGAAAAAUUUUUUGUAGACCUCCACAAGUCUGGUUCAUCCUUGAGAGCAAUUUUCAAACGAUAAUAAGCAAGUAUAAACACCAUGAGACCACGCAGCCGUCAAGGAGGCUCGUUCUGUCUCCUAGAGAUGAACGUACUUUGGUGCGAAAAGUGCAAAUCAAUCCCAGAACAGCAAAGGACCUUGUGACGAUGCUGGAGGAAACCGGUACAAAAGUAUCUAUAACCACAGUAAAACAAGUCCUAUAUCAACAUAACCUGAAAGGCCACUCAGCAAGGAAGAAGCCACUGUUCCAAAACCGCCAUUAAAAAAGACGGACUACGGUUUGCAACUGCACAUGAGGACAAAGAUUGUACUUGUUGGAGAAAUGUCCUCUGGUCUGAUGAAACAAAAAUAGAACUGUUUGGCCAUAAUGACCAUCGUUAUGUUUGGAGGAAAAAGGGUGUGCCUUGCAAGCCGAAGAACACCAUCCCAACCGUGAAGCACGGGGGUGGCAGCAUCAUGCUGUGGGGGUGCUUUGCUGCAGGAGGGACUGGUGCACUUCACAAAAUAGAUGGCAUCAUGAGGAAGGAAAAUUAUGUGGAUAUAUUGAAGCAACAUCUCAAGACAUCAGUCAGGAAGUUAAAGCUUGGUCGCAAAUGGGUCUUCCAAAUGAACAAUGACCCCAAGCAUACUUCCAAAGUUGUGGCAAAAUGGCUUAAGGACAACAAAGUCAAGGUAUUGGAGUGGCCAUCACAAAGCCCUGACCUCAAUCCUAUGGAAAAGUUGUGGGCAGAACUGAAAAAGCAUGUGCGAGCAAGGAGGCCAACAAACCUGACUCAGUUACACCAGCUCUGUCAGGAGGAAUGGGCCAAAAUCCACCCAACUUAUUGUGGGAAGCUUGUGGAAGGCUACCUGAAAUGUUUGACCCAAGUUAAACAAUUUAAAGGCAAUGCUACCAAAUACUAAUUGAGUGUAUGUAAACGUCUGAGCCACUGGGAAUGUGAUGAAAGAAAUAAAAGCUGAAAUAAAUCAUUCACUCUACUAUUAUUCUGACAUUUCACAUUCUUAAAAUAAAGUGGUGAUCCUAACUGACCUAAGAAAUUGAAUUCUUACUAUGAUUAAAUGUCAGGAAUUGUGAAAAACUGAGUUUAAAUGUAUUUGGCUAAGGUGUAAGUAAACUUCCGACUUCAACUGUAUGUAGAAAAUUGGUAUUUUGGAAACUACUACACUCCCUACUACACUGAACAAAAAUAUAAAUGCAACAUGUAAAGUGUUGGUCCCAUGUUUCAUGAGCUGAAAUAAAAGAUCCCAGAAAUUUUCCAUACGCACAAAAAGUUUAAAAUGUCCCUCAAAUUUUGUGCACACAUUUGUUUACAUCCCUGUUAGUGAGCAUUUGAUCCUUUGUCAAGAUAAUCCAUCCACCUGACAGGUGUGACAUAUCAAGAAGCUGAUUUAAACAGCAUGAUCAUUACACAGGUGCACCUUGUGCUAGGGAACAAUAAAAGGCACCUCUAAAAUGGGCAGUUUUGUGUCACAACACAAUGCCACAGAUAUCUCAAGUUUUGAGGGGGUGUGCAAUUGGAAUGCUGACUGCAGGAAUGUCCACCAGAGCUGUUCCCAGAUAAUUGAAUGUUCAUUUCUCUACCAUAAGCCGCCUCCAAUGUUGUUUUAGAGAAUUUGGCAGUACGUCCAACAGGCCUCAUAACCGCAGACCACGUGUAACCACGCCAGCCCAGGACCUCCACAUCCGGCUUCUUCACCUGUGGGAUUGUCAGAGGGGGGACGGGGGGUGCGGAGGAGUAUUUCUGUCCGUAAUAAAAUAUAUUAUGUGGGGAGAAACUCUUUCUGAUUGGCUUGGCCUAGCUCUCCAGUGGGUUGGCCUGGCUCCCAUAUGGGUGGACCUAGGCCCACCCAUGGCUGAAAUCCAUAGAUUAGGGCCUAAUUUAUUUAUUUAAAUUGACAGAUUUCCUUAUGUGAACUGUAACUCAGCAAAAUCUUUGAAAUUGUUGCAUGUUGUGUUUGUUUAUUUUUGUUCAGUAUACAGUACCGGUCAAAAGUUUUAGAACUCCUACUCAUUCAAGGGUUUUUCUUAAUUUUUUACUAUUUUCUACAUGGAGUCAUGUACUAACCAAAAGUGUUAAAUCAAAAUAUAUUUUAUAUUUGAGAUUCUUCAAAUAGCCACCCUUUGCCUUGAUGACAGCUUUGCCACACUCUUGGCAUUCUCUCAACCAGCUUCACCUGGAAUGCUUUUCCAACAGUCUUGAAGGAGUUCACACACGUGUUCCGACUCAUCCCAAACCAUCUCAAUUGGGUUGAGGUCGGGGGAUUGUGGAGGCCAGGUCUGAUGCAGCACUCCAUCACUCUCCUCCUUACACAGCCUGGAGGUGUGUUGGGUCAUUGUCCUGUUGAAAAACAAAUGAUAGUCCCACUAAGCCCAAACCAGAUGGGAUGGCGUAUCGCUGCAGAAUGCUGUGGUAGCCAUGCUGGUUAAAUGUGCCUUGAAUUCUAAAUAAGUCACAGACAGUGUCACCAGCAAAGCACCAUAACACCACCUCCUCCAUGCUUUACGGUGGGAAAUACACAUGCGGAGAUCAUCCGUUCACCCACACUGCGUCUCACAAAGACAGAGCGGUUGGAACCAAAAAUCUCCAAUUUGGACUCCAGACCAAAGGACACAUUUCCACCGGUCUAAUGUCCAUUGCUCGUGUUUCUUGGCCCAAGCAGGUCUCUUCUUCUUAUUGGUGUACUUCAGUAGUGGUUUCUUUGCAGCAAUUCGACCAUGAUGGCCUUAUUCACAGUCUCCUCUGAACAGUUGAUGUUGAUGUCUGUUACUUGAACUCUGAAGCAUUUAUUUGGGCUGCAAUUUCUGAGGCUGGUAACUCUAAUGAACAUAUCCUCUGCAGCAGAGUUAACUCUGGGUCUUCCAUUCCUGCAGCGGUCCUCAUAAGAGCCCGUUUCAUCAUAGCGCUUGAUGGUUUUUGCGACUGCACUUGAAGAAACUUUCAAAGUUUUUGAAAUGUUCCGUAUUGACUGACAUUCAUGUCUUAAUGUAAUGAUGGACUGUCUUUUCUCUUUGCUUAUUUGAGCUGUUCUUGACAUAAUAUGUACUUGGUCUUUUACCAAAUAGGGCUAUCUUCUGUAUACCCCCCCUACAUUGUCAUAACACAACUGAUUUGGCUCAAACGCAUUAAGAAGGAAAGAAAUUCCACAAAUUAACUUUUAAGAAGGCACACCUAUUAAUUGAAAUGCAUUCCUGGUGACUACCUCAUGAAGCUGGUUCAGAGAAUGCCAAGCGUGUGCAAAGCUGUCAUCAAGGCAAAGGGUGGCUAUUUGAAGAAUCUCAAAUAUAAAAUAAAUUUUGAUUUGUUUAACACUUUUUCGGUUACUACAUGAUUCCAUAUGUGUUAUUUCAUAGUUUUGAUGUCUUCCCUAUUAUUCUACAAUGUAGAAAAUAGAAAAAAUAAAGUAAAACCCUUGAAUGAGUAGGAGUUCUAAAACUUUUGACCGGUAGUGUACAUCACACAAAUCAGGCUUGAUCUGAUUAAUCUCUAGAGAGACUCCCCAUUGCCUGAAGGAAAUGGAAUUCAAAUAAUUGAACGGAUGUCAGUCAAUUCGUUUUUUACUGAAAAAUAACCGAAAUGUUGGGUAUUUGCUCAGCACUAUCUACCAUGCUGCUCUGUGUUAGUGGUGGGACCUUACGUUAAGUUAUCUGUUAUUGCUUUAUUUACUUCUGUUUUCACCAAUGAUUAUCUGGGAAUGGAAACAUUCAGGGAUCCCACUGGCUUAGUAACAUGUCACUGUCCCCAGCAGUGACACACAAAGACAGGACCAGCCUAUUUACUUCUAUUCACACGACUCAAUUUAAUCGGGGAGACCGACCAGGUAUUCCCUGCAAAGGAGUGUGUAGCAUAAACAUAGCCGAUUCCAAUUUUUAUCCUCGACAACCAAUUUUUGAAUAAGCAAUUUACUCUAUAGGCAUAGACCUCCUUCCGAUUUCCCUUUGCCACGCUCUUCUUUGUUUACUGAAGUGUUUACUACAGUUUUACUACCUCCCCCCUCUACCGGAGCCUAACCCACAGUUGUGGAUGAACAACGCUGGCUGGACAUUGUCCCCUGUGCCAGGAUGUCACUCACUGCCACCCCUGGGGACCCGCAGGAGGAGCGACCAGGCUACCGUGGUCUACAUAGGGGCCCUCUGCCUGUAUGCUUGGCAUUUUAGCCUCCCACACUCGCUGCUCUUAUUCCCACUUACCUCCAUGUGCCUAGUACUGCUUGACUAGCAUCUAUCUAGGGCCCUGUUUUGCACAAUCAUGUGUCAUGCCUGGAUUUUAACCUUUUUUAUUGAAAGCUUUUUCAUCAAACUGUCACCUUUUUGUUAUCAGAUGGUUCAGCACCAUCCUACAUUUUUUAACUUUAGUCAUUGAGCAGACGCUCUCAUCCAGAGCGACUUACAAUUGGCGCAGUCAUCUUAAGAUAGCUAGGUGAGAGAACCACAUAUCACAGUCGUAACGAGUACAUUUUCCCUCAAAGUAGUUAUCAGCAAAGUCUGUGCUAGUAGGAAUUGACCAAGCAAAACUAUACCAACAACGAGUUGAAACAAAAAUCAUACUCCGCUAUUCUUGUAGAAACAGUAGAGGUCCCUUCCCAGCUAUAAAUGGAGACAAUAGCUUGAAUAUUUGGUGCAAUUCUCAUUUCUGGAUAUGGCUUAAAAUACAGGAUAAAAUAUUUCUGUCACAUGAUUCAGCAAAACACAGGCUCCUAUCUAUUACACAUUUUACUUAGUGUGCUGCUAUAGGAGGAGCAGGAGACGGGAAUAGGAGAAAAGGGGUAAGGUAGAGUCUUGUUCUUUUAUUGAAGCUGCCAACAGCGUCGGUGGUAGGAGAGGAGUCUCCGCCGAUGGCACUCUUAUCUGGUAGUUUGUACGAACACUAAUUUGUCAAGUACGCACAGCGGGUGAUGACUGGCAGCAUCGCUCUCUCAUACCUCCCUCUUCCUCCCUCCUUCCCAGAAGCACAGGCCUCUUGUUUGAUCUCUCUCUUAUUUCCUUCUGUUUCUCAUCUCAUUUCAAACCCGUAGCCACAGGGGCAACGCUUUAGCUGAAGGUGGGCCAGAAACAUGUCACUGCGCUGUGAUUGGAUAACUUUGCCUUUAUGGGGUAUUGUGUGUAGACCAGUUAUCUCAAUUUAAUCAAUUUUAAAUUCAUACUGUUAAACAACAAAAUGUGGAAAAAGUAAAGGAUUGUGAAUACUUUUUGAAGGCACUAAAGUGACCCACGGGGGGGUAUAUGAAAAAAAAUAAAAAAAUAAUGUAAUAAUAAUAAUGUAUGCACUCACUAACUGUAAGUCGCUCUGGAUAAGAGCGUCUGCUAAAUGACUAAAAUGUAAUAAUAAACAGUAGCAGCAGCAUAUGUGAUGAGUCAAAGAAGUUAGUGCAAAAAGGGUCAAUGCGGAUAGUCCGGUUAGUUAUUUGGUUAACUAUUUAACUAACUAUUUAUCAGUCUUAUGGCUUGGGUGUAGAAGCUGCCGCUUGUCUAUGACUUGGGUGGCUGGAGUCUUUGACAAUUUUUAGGGCCUUCCUCUGACACUGCCUAGUAUAGAGCUCCUGGAUGGCAGCCAGUGAAGAUGCUCCCCAUGGUGCAGCUGUAGAACGUUUUGAGGAUCUGAGGGCCCAUGCCAAACUUUUCAGUCUCCUGAGGUGGAAGAGGUGUUGUGGGUGCCAUCUUCAUGCCUAUGUUGGUGUGUUUUGGACCAUGAUAGAUGUUGAGUUAUGACUUUAAUCACAAAAGGUAGACAUGUAAACUCUGGGGUCUCGUUUUCUGUGCUUCCCAUUGGCGGAGGAAUGUUAAUUGCCCACAACGUCUCCCUAUCAAAAUGAAUCAUAAAAAAACUAAUGGCUGGUGUGUUACAUUGACAAUGUAGGCCUAGAUAACAUGGCUGGGGUACCCAGUGGGGCAUCUGUUCUUAAUGCUUGUACUUCUGCUUUGUGGACUAGCGAAGGCUUUCUACUUUCAAUUGUAGUCGCACAUGCAUAAUGUAUGCAGCUAACCCAUCGACUGUUUCUCAACUCUGUCUGGAGUGUCGUAUUUUAGCAUCACACUUAGCUUGAUGUAAUAUUUCAACCUGCUCCACUUUAUGUGAUUUCUAAGUAAAGUUGCAAAUAGAGUAUAUUAGAUGCCUUCUCCUUGCCUUGUGGCUUUUUGGAUGUAGUUUCUGAAUUGUUUAUGCGUUGUUCCAGCCAAGAGACAUUCAGGCCAGACAUUUCAGACCAUCAUGUCUUGGCACUUAUUAGGACGGCUCCACUGCCACAUUUUAAUGUUUUGAUCUCAUUCUCUUUAAUGAAUUGGGUUGUUCCCCGAAAUGAGUCCCUUUUAAGUAGAAAUAGUGUACAAAUAUAGAAUUUUAAAAGCCUGUUAUAUUAAAUGAAGUGCCCUUUUUAAUAUAGACCACAUUGAAAAUGCAAUAACUCUGACAUGUCCCUCUGUGCAUCCUCUGACUUCUAGGUAGAUUUGUAACCCACUUAACCCCAACAUUACUCUGAAGUUUCACUAUCAUUAUUAAGCCCUAGUUAUUUUGCGGCUUUGACAGUCAUUUAUGAAGAUUAUUUAUUUCAUGUUAUUAGUGAUUCAUUUUAAGGUUAAAAAAACAAUCUGUACCUCAUUUUAAGGUCAACCCUUUUACGUGAACCAAGCUCUUGUUUUAAUAUGGUGAAACUAUUCCUUUUUAAAUAUUUUUUUUAAACAGACAUAGAACAUCUAAUAGUCAAAUCCUAGUGUAAAAGCAUGUGAGCUCAGCUGGUUUAGAACCACCAAGACUCUUCCUAGAGCUGGCUGCCCGGCCAAACUGAGCAAUCGGGGGAGAAUGGCCUUGGUCAGGGAGGUGACCAAGAACCCGAUGGACACUCUGUCAGAGCUCCAGAGUUCCUCUGUGGAGAUUGGAGAACCUUCCAGACGGAAGCCACUCCUCAGUAAAAGGCACAUGAGAGCCCGCUUGGAGUUUGCCAAAAGGCACCUAAAGUACUCUGACCAUGAGAAACAAGAUUCUCUGGUCUGAUGCUAAGCGUCACGUCUGGAGGAAACCUGGCACCAUCCCUACGGUGAAGCAUGGUGGUGGCAGCAUCAUGUUGUGUGGAUGUUUUUCAGCGGCAGGGACUGGGAGACUAGUCAGGAUCGAGGGAAAGAUGAACGGAGCAAAGUACAAAGAGCUCCUUGAUGAAAACCUGUUCCAGAGCGCUCAGGACCUCAGACUGGGGCCAAGGUUCACCUUCCAACAGGACAACGACCCUAAGCACACAGCCAAGACAACGCAAGAGUGGCUUCGGGACAAGUGUCUGAAUGUCCUUGAGUGGCCCAGACUUGAACCCGAUCGAACAUCUCUGGAGAGACCUGAAAAUAGCUGUGCAGCAACGCUCCCCAUCCAACAUGACAGAGCUUGAGAGGAUCUGAAGAGAUGAAUGGGAGAAACUCCCCAAAUACAGGUGUGCCAAGCUUGUAGCAUCAUACCCAAGAAGACUUGAGGCUGUAAUCGCUGCCAAAGGUGCUUCAACAAAGUACUGAGUAAAGGGUCUGAAUACUUAUGUAAAUGUUUAUUUCCGGGUUUAAAAAAAAUAUAUGAAUUAGCUUAAAAAUGUCUAAACCUGUUUUUGCUUUGUCAUCAUGGGGUGUUGUGUAUAGAUUGAUGAGGGGAAAAAACGAUUUAAUCCAUUUUAGAAUAAGGCUGUAACGUAAUAAAAUGUGGAAAAAGUCAAGGGGUCUGAAUACUUUCCGAAAGCACUGAAUACUUUAGCGGUAAUUGCGUAAAUCUAUUCAGUAGGGUGGGGAUUUGGAUUCUGCUCUGGGUGCCGCCCACACACUAGAGAGGAUUGAGGAGCAGAUUAAAGCGGUGAGAGGUCAACGUUCAAAUUCUGGGUAUGGGACAUUGGGGCCGGGAACUCAAAUAUAAAUGUAAAGCAGACUGGGAGCAAAAGUGAGGGCUGUCCUGCUCCGUUUGAGUCUGGCACAAGCACACAGUUACACUGAGGUAGACCGUGACACACGUGUACGUGGACAUCCUCAAAUGGUCAUUUCUGUACUGUCACCGCCAAUCUCUUUCCACUCACAGACCGGAAAUGCCUCUGACAAUGAUGGACAUGAUCUUGGUUCAGCAGGAGUAUGACUGUCCACAGACUGCUUAAAACACAUCUAAGGGAUGUAGGCUACACGAAGGGUGUAAGACUACUAGUAUUUUAUGCUUUUCAGACAGCUUGGUAAACAAUGAGCCUAAAUAAACGAGAGAAGAUCAUCAGACAAAGGAGCAAGGACAAGAUUGCUUCCUAGGUGCUCUCUGCUAGUUCUGUUUUAUUCCAUCAAACUGCCUUUGUGCUUCUCCAAGUCAGACCCAUUUGAAUACAGCCGUCAAAUCCUCUCCUUUCACCAAGUGAUUAUGUCCAGGUGUUCUAAUUAUUAUUUCCCAACUAAAAACACAAUCAAAACACACAAACUUAGCGCAUUCUUUUAACCUGGUUUCACACUUGCCCAGGCCGGGGCUGUUGUAGAGGCCUUUCUCACAGCACAAACAUGUGGAACCAGGCUAGAUUUUAAUGGGGUUUGUGGGUCGGCUGAGAGCACCUUCCCUCUCUCGCCCAAGCCCCUCACAAGGGAAUGCAGGGGCCUAGCUCAGCAGGUUCGCCACCACGACUCAAUGUUAUUUAAACUUCCAUUAUGGGUGGGAACUGUCCAGUCCUCGUCAUGGGGAUGAGGGGGACCUGUACUGUAUGGAAUCCCAUCACAAUGAAGAGCUGCAGGACAAACAGCUGGGCUGGGCCCACUCCUGUCACAGCCACGUCAGGAUUAUUCCCUCCCCGCAAAUCUAAUAUCUGUCUCCUCUCUUUCUCUCUCCCGUGCUCCCCCUUUUCCUCGGACCACGGCACAGCUGUGGAUUUUCCAAUCUAUCACACUGCCAGACUCGUCCUACGUUCUAGAAAAUGACACCCUGAGAUUCUUAUUUGAUUCAAUCAUGUAUCUGGGAAAGUAAGUGAGGGGGCUGCUAGGCCCCAGGCUUUCCUUUUAGAUUAGCUUCCAUUGGUGCCUGCCCUCCUGACUAGCUGGCUUUGGCUUCAUUUCAGGGCCUGGAACAAAGGGCUAUUUUGAGUCAGGGACGUGAGUUGGUAUUGGACAGAAGUCGGGCACACGUUUUGUUUGUGAGGAGUCUAAAUUGAGUUCUGGCCUUGGUUUGGCCGCCUGAGGGCUGUUCCUAGUCCGUGCAUGUCAUUUGUCCAUUCCUGGAAAUCUAAUAAUCUUUAAUAUCCCUUUCACUAGCUUUCUGCUCACUACAGUCCAUCUCUAGUCAUGCUGCUCCUCUCCUCUCUCCAAGUGCAAUCUGGAGUUCUCCUACCUGCCCCCAUCUAUCCUGUCACACACACACCAGACUCACACAGGUUGACUCAAGGCCAUGAGACGGAUACUCUCGUUAUGUUCUCUCAUGUACUCCUAUAUUGAGUUCUUCACUGGUAUGGGUGUCUCGUCUUUCUCCAUGUUUUUAUUCGGAUUGAUUCCAAAACACUAUUACCAGUUCUCUGUUGGCUCUCGCUUAUGCAUUCCUUGUCCCUGUUUUCUCUUCUCCCUCAGUGCUGGACAUGGCACGCCACGUGCCCCUGUACCGGGCGCUGCUGGAGCUGCUGAGGGCCAUCUCCACCUCCACGGCCCUGGUGCCCCUGCUGCUGCCCCUGUCAGGAGACCCCAGCCAGGAGGAAGAGGAGGAGGAAAGCUCAGAGGGACAGACCUCUGUGGGCAUGCUGCUGGCCAAGAUGAAGACCUGUGUGGACACCUACACUAACCGCCUCAGGUGGGGACUUAGACGGACAGAGUAAGAAUAUACAAAACAAACAGAAUAAUGUCUCAUUGCCCAUGUAAUCAAUGUAAAUUGAUGGUUUCAGCUGAGAAUGAGAGUUUCAAGGGGAGAGGGUUAGAAUCCUGCUGCCAUUAUUGGGGGUUCAAUCCUGGGUCAGCCUCCUCCCUGGUCUCUGUAGACAGUGAGUCAUUAGCAGUAGUGAGCCUGUAGACCUGACCUGUGGGUCUGUGACCAUCCAUUAUUAAUCACAGCCCCAAAGUGUGCAGGAAGCCCAUGUUAUCCCGCCUCAGCAGCACAAUUAACAGUUUGUGUAAAGGAUCCUUAACCCCCUCCCAUAUAUCACCCCAACCAGCCCAGUGCUGACUGUGAGCUUUACGCAACUACAGUAGCAGGACACUUCAGAGGAGCCGAGGCACUCUUAACCUCUUUCUACCCUCUACACUAGCUACACACAUCCACCCAGUACGGUGGAUCAUCAAUAUUCCAUGGGAUCCCAUCCGAGGAGUCAAUAUUUGAAGGAUGUGUCCCGUGCAUGGUUAGACGUGGAGACGUAUCAAACAGUUCCAGCUCACGUACGAUUCCCACAGACAUUCAUGUUGUUUCCCCCGUCCCUCCUCCCUGGUGACAUAUGAAUGUAAUGCUCCAGCUGGGUGUUAUUUUUAGAAGGUACAGCCCAUCCCUCUUGAAUGUCCCACCAACAAACAUGCUAGGACCCAUGACAGGGCUUUUCAAAUGUACAACGGAAUAGCCCAUCCGCCCUGGGAGACUCUGACAGACCUACCUGGUGGUCUACACCCCUGCUGCUUAUCAGCAACACAAUUAUGAUUACUGUCUGAGGAUGGUCCAGCAUGAAGUUGUGGUUUCUUCACCAGUGAUGGGGGGGGGGGAGAAAAUGCCCUGCUAUCGGCUCACUCAUAUCCACAGGCAUUACAUCAGGCUGGACUCUGAGGGCUGAGGUCCAGACACACAGAGAGUCUAAUGAAAGCAGGGCCUUGGGGCGGUCGUAAAGGCUGGGCAUCCACAGCAGAGAGUGUAAGGCAUUCUCUUCAACUGUCUCUCCCCAUCUGUGUCCAGCAUGCCAAGGCCUGUGUUGGCCGCCUGGCCUGCUACAGAAUGGAAUUAAAUGGCCGAUGAGGACGGAUGGUGGCAGGGAUGGGGGGAGGGAAGACUACAGUGAGAUGGGGGUUGGAGACAGAAGACCUUCGCUGACUGUCCUCGGUGGAGCAGAGUGGUGAGCGAGGGGAGGGAACUUGGCUGCUGUUCAACUUCACAAAAGGUCAUGUGGAAAGUGGCUUUUUCAGUGACCCAUCAGCAGGGCCAUUGAAUCCAUUCUCUCAGCUCCCACAGCAUUUAAGCACAAGGUUAAAGAACUGUUUACGUCCCUCGUGUAUUUCAGCCACCUCUGGGUUUUCCACUUAACCCAGGAGUUUUGAAGCAGGGACUUAUUUUAACUGGGAUGAAAGCAGGGAGAUUUUUUUUCAAUGUCCAGAGCAUGAAAAAUACUGGGAAUGGGUAUAUCAAUUUUGCUCCAGAAUUGUGGCUCACUGGGCAAUAUGCUCCUUUUCAGAUGGACACAGGGAUCAUCUACAGAAACGCCCGAAAUGUUUUAAUUGUUGUACUGUAGAGCACUCCUUGUGAAUAGAAAUGUUCAAUGAUCCUAUCAGUAAUAUAGUUGCCUCAGAUUUCCUUCCCUGGUAGAAUGCAAUGCAAAUAAAUUAGCAAUAUAUGUCAAUGCAUGCAAGAGGAAUAUGUUGAUUACUGAACUCCUUCUCUUUUUUUUUUCUCUUAUCCAGGUCAAAGAAAGACAAGGCAAAAGGCGUGGUGAAGCCUGAUAGCGCAGACCCAGAGCCUGAGGGCCUGACCCUGCUGGUGCCUGACAUCCAGAGGACGGCUGAGAUUGUCUACGCUGCCACCACCAGCCUACGGCAGGCCAACCAGGGUAAGGCUGGCCACACACUCACGUCACUCUCUGGCCUAUGGCCAAACCAUGCUGAGCAAGGGGACUAUUAGUCUGGACCUCCUUGGCUAUUUUUACAGACAUUUAUUGUAAUACGAAGUGACACAGUAAAAUGUUAGCCAGUGCCUUUUUUAAAGGUUGUCUGGUUUUGGCUCUUCCAAAGGAUUUUCAGGUCCCAAAUGUCUUUCCGCACUCCAUUUUUCUCGCUGCCGCUCUCUUUUGUCCUGUGUGUUCUUGGGACAAGGACAAGAAAAUGGGUCUCUAAGUUUAGUCUCCACAAGUACAAAUUCCCUGGGCUGUCAUUGACUUGGAGCCCUUUAAGUCUCAAUUUAAUGUUAAUCAAGGAAACAAUGUCCUGUUUUAGGCCUGAACAUCCUUUACCCGACUUCCCAACUCCACCCCCACUCCGUAAGUGACAGGUUAAAGGUUAACCCAUUCUCUGACAUCACUUUGAUACUAAAUAGAGAUGUAUGUUCUAUUGUGGGCAGCUGUUGUCCUACAGUCCCCAUGCAGCCCUUCUGUCCGUGUCCUUACAGUGCAGGGAGACAGUGUCCUGCCCAGAGACCCAUAGAGCAGACAGUCACUAGGAGGACAAGAGGGUUUGGUAGCGAGAGGGCAUCAGGUCAUAAAACCUGCUGUCAGGGAGCUCCUGCCAGCCAUUACUCACCGUCGCUAAAGAAAGCUGCCUAUCGAUGCGUCUAUGAUGUAUGAUUGACCGUAACGCCUCCUCCCCCAAACAGUGCGGCACAUAUUAUUAAUUAGCUUGCCUAACUCCCAGUGGCUCUCUUGUAUUCAGCCACAUCAAUGGCGCUCUAUUGGGGGGGGGGGUGCCCAGAUCAAUGCAGCCGUCACUUUACACAAGGAAAUUCAUGUGAUAAUGGCCACUGGAUUCAUGUUCCAAAAGGGAAUGGGCAGCAUAGAGGAGGGCCGAUAUGUAAUUGUUUUAAUUAGUCUUUAAAAUAGCCCAGAGAAAGGCUAACGAGGAGGCGGACAUUUAGAGCUCUGUUCCUACAGCCUAGUAUUGACUGGUUAAACUGGGAAAAUGUUCCAAUAAAUAUUGAUAUCCAACGUUAACGUGGCAACAGAACUGAGUAUAAAUAAAGUAUCGACGGCCCCGCUUUUUAAUGCCCCUCUGGCAUCCUAAGUCUGGUCGUAAUAGGCCAGUUAAAUGCACCAGUAAUUGAAUGGGAGGUACAUCUGUCCAGGUAGCAGUAUCUAAAGCAGAGGAUGAGAGCGGGGCUGGGGUGCUAUAAAUAGACAGUUAAUUAUGUUGAUGCAUUAACUGCUCUCUAUCCCAUCUCUCCACUGUCGGUGGGAAAAUUGGUGGCCGUUUCCAUUGUCAUUUGUCUUGGACAUGGUUUAGCUGUCGACAAGACACAGAAGAAACUGGAGGGUAGGGUGUGGGAAAAUUCCAUGUUAGCAUCUCCAAAUGAUUGCAGAUUCAUUCAUCAAUAUGAAGGUGAUAAGGGGGUGUGACAAACCCUGCUAUUACCUGCAAGUGCCAUCAUAUUCUGAGAUAAUCUUGUUGAACCGAAGAGGAAUAUGGCUUGAAUAUGAAUUAGUGUGUUUCUGAUGUUAUUCUAUUCUUUGUCGGCGUGGACUAGGUAGUAAUAUCAAGGAAGUGGUGACCUCAGCAGUCCUUUAUCACAGUGUGGUUUGUUUGUUUGUUUGCCAGUAGAUUAAUGUAAAGAUUGUAGGCCUGGACCCAGACGCAGGCAGACACAGCAGUAAGCCUGGCUCUCAAACAGGGAUAACUUUGAACCUGCCAUGGUAACAAGGUUUUCUUUUUCUCUCUCCCUCCAUCAGAGAGGAAGUUGGCCGAGUCCUCGAAGAAGGCAACAACCAGACCCAAACCCCUGUCCAUCCUACGCUCACUAGAGGAGAAGUACGUGGCCAUCAUGAAGAAGCUCCAGUUUGGUGAGUGCGUUGAGUUUCUGUGUGGUGUACAGUUGUGGUUUGGUAGAUACAGUAUGUUGGAAAUGUGGUUGUUUCUUUUAAGACGGAGGAGGAAUACUUAGACAUACUAGAGGCAGGGCUCGUCUCUUCUCUCCUAGGCUGGCUGCUGGUUGGUUCCUCCUCAAUACACGUAGUGCCCAGAACACAGCAUCAGCAUCAGCACAGCCCCAAACCCCCUCCUACCCCUUUCUGAAAUGAUACAUAACACAAUCCUGCCGCCUGUCUGCAGGGAGGAAGGUAUUUUCUAUCUGUCACUUCUCAUCCUGCCACGCCGUGAUUGAUUACGGGACUUUUGUUGUGCCGCAAUUGAUUUUUGCGCGCGGCACACGUCUAAAGUAAUCGCAAGUGACAUGAGUGUAAACAGGCUUGCUCUGGUCCAAGUACGAGAGAGACGGCGUCGAGCCAAGGUAACAGGAACCCCAGUGUGCAGUAUGAUUAAAGGACACAGGGCCAUGUCAUUACUGAAUAGAGAUUUACUGCCAGAUGCAUGCAUACAAGUGGGAGGAUAUUUGCAUGAUUUGUCAACAGGGUGUUUGUUUCAUGCCUUAUUCUUUGACGUGGAAUGAACCACUUUAAAAGUGUUUAAACCUUCUCUAUAGCGGUCCCAGUAAGUAUUGACAUUAAUACCUGUGUGAUGUCUCUCCCUGGCAGACACCUUUGAGAUGGUCUCGGAGGACGAUGACGGGAAGCUGGUGUUCAAGGUGAACUACCACUACAUGUCUCAGGUGAAGAACGCCAGCGACGCCAACAGCGCUGCCCGCGCUCGCCGCCUGGCACAGGAAGCCGUCACGCUCUCCACCUCGCUGCCCCUCUCCUCCUCCUCCAGCGUGUUUGUCCGCUGCGAUGAAGAACGACUGGACAUCAUGAAGGUACAGAUGUAUACUGCCCUGUCCUAUACGAUCUAUGCGGUCCUCUGUGCUAUUAUACUCAGUCACACAUCCCAUUCUCUUAUGACCAUUUUAUACCUACAGUAAUCAACCCACGUGAUUCAUAUGUACAGUGGGGAAAAAAAGUAUUUAGUCAGCCACCAAUUGUGCAAGUUCUCCCACUUAAAAAGAUGAGAGAGGCCUGUAAUUUUCAUCAUAGGUACACGUCAACUAUGACAGACAAAAUUAGGGAAAAAAAUCCAGAAAAUCACAAUGUAGGAUUUUUAAUUAAUUUAUCUGCAAAUUAUGGUGAAAAAUAAGUAUUUGGUCACCUACAAACAAGCAAGAUUUCUGGCUCUCAUAGACCUGUAACUUCUUCUUUAAGAGGCUCCUCUGUCCUCCACUCGUUACCUGUAUUAAUGGCACCUGUUUUAACUUGUUAUCAGUAUAAAAGACACCUGUCCACAACCUCAAACAGUCACACUCCAAACUCCACUAUGGCCAAGACCAAAGAGCUGUCAAAGGACACCAGAAACAAAAUUGUAGACCUGCACCAGGCUGGGAAGACUGAAUCUGCAAUAGGUAAGCAGCUUGGUUUGAAGAAAUCAACUGUGGGAGCAAUUAUUAGGAAAUGGAAGACACACAAGACCACUGAUAAUUUCCCUCGAUCUGGGGCUCCAUGCAAGAUCUCACCCCGUGGGGUCAAAAUGAUCACAAGAACGGUGAGCAAAAAUUCCAGAACCACACGGGUGGACCUAGUGAAUGACCUGCAGAGAGCUGGGACCAAAGUAACAAAGCCUACCAUCAGUAACACACUACGCCGCCAGGGACUCAAAUCCUGCAGUGCCAGACGUGUCCCCCUGCUUAAGCCAGUACAUGUCCAGGCCCGUCUGAAGUUUGCUAGAGUGCAUUUGGAUGAUCCAGAAGAGGAUUGGGAGAAUGUCAUAUGGUCAGAUGAAACCAAAAUAGAACUUUUUGGUAAAAACUCAACUCGUCGUGUUUGGAGGACAAAGAAUGCUGAGUUGCAUCCAAAGAACACCAUACCUACUGUGAAGCAUGGGGGUGGAAACAUCAUGCUUUGGGGCUGUUUUUCUGCAAAGGGACCAGGACGACUGAUCCGUGUAAAGGAAAGAAUGAAUGGCCGUGUAUCGUGAGAUUUUGAGUGAAAACCUCCUUCCAUCAGCAAGGGCAUUGAAGAUGAAACGUGGCUGGGUCUUUCAGCAUGACAAUGAUCCCAAACACACCGCCCGGGCAACGAAGGAGUGGCUUCGUAAGAAGCAUUUCAAGGUCCUGGAGUGGCCUAGCCAGUCUCCAGAUCUCAACCCCAUAGAAAAUCUUUGGAGGGAGUUGAAAGUCCCCAAAACAUCACUGCUCUCUAGAGGAGAUCUGCAUGGAGGAAUGGGCCAAAAUACCAGCAACAGUGUGUGAAAACCUUGUGAACACUUACAGAAAAUGUUUGACCUGUGUCAUUGCCAACAAAGGGGAUAUAACAAAGUAUUGAGAAACUUUUGUUAUUGACCAAAUACUUAUUUUCCACCAUAAUUUGCAAAUAAAUUCAUAAAAAAUCCUACAAUGUGAUUUUCUGGAUUUUUUUUUCUCAUUUUGACUGUCAUAGUUGACGUGUACCUAUGAUGAAAAUUACAGGCCUCUCUCAUCUUUUUAAGUGGGAGAACUUGCACAAUUGGUGGCUGACUAAAUACUUUUUUCCCCCACUGUACAUACCUUUCAGCAUAUCUUUUACCUGCCCAAUCCUACGAUCCUAUCAUUUUGUCCCAUUUUAUACAUACAGUACUAGCCAACCCAAACUUUAUGAUUCACAUUUUAUGUAAUAAUCUAUAGAAGUGAUAUCUGUUCAAUGGUAUUCAAGGUAUUUAUGAAAUGUCUUUACUGGAGACCCCAUCUGUCCGAUUCAGAGAUGCCCUCAGGGAAUGGCCAGAUGAUGAUUGAAUGGUUUCCAAUUGAGAUGCUAAUAAAAGUGAGCAGGGUGUUUACAGUACUCUUCCAGUCAAAUGGAUGCUGCCUGGGGCACUAAAACCGCAGGACUUGCGCUACUUGCGGUUGUUGCAGCAGGGGUGGGGAAACGGACUUGGUCUCUUGAGUCUCUGCAUCUGGUGUUGAUAGCCUAUGCCUUCGCAUUCCAAUGGUCAUUCAGCAACUGCAGUCAUUGACAGUUUUUCUCAUUUUCCAAUGACAUUCAAUAAAUGGCCCUGACCCCUUUUCUGAUUAAUGGCAAAGUCUCAUUCGGUAAAUGUCAAAACCCUCGUCUGUUAAGGUUCUAUUUCUGCAAACAACACAACUUUUUCCUUAGCAGCACAUGAAAGGGCCACUAGUUGACAGAGAGGCUGGUGGACGUUGUGGGACAUUGUGAAUGUCUAGUGACCCAUCUGGGGUUGUUGCUCCCUCAUUUGAAGUGUCCCCAGGGAGCCCCAGUCCCCUGUCCUACUGCCAUAGACAGUGGAUUAUCAUUCUUUCACCGGGAGCAUCAAGUAAUCUUAGCAGUCAUUAUUUGCAAAACCACUUGCUCCAGGUUUCCCACCUAAAGUGCACUAAAAGUGUUGGUCUGAAUGUCAAAAUAUACUUACCACCUGAGUGACACUUGGUGCCCUCAAGCAAUCUUGCGAGUGCUCUGCUGAUUUGGAUAGGCAUGGUACUCACACCUGACGCCGCUUAGACGGGUCAGGCAGUCGGUGUUUGACUCUCACCCACACACAUUCUCUCUCUCACAUACACAAGCUACCUACCUACAGUGUGUCCACGUCCUCUUUACCGUCGCACGUCUUCUCACAUAUUUUUUCAAACCUGCCGUGCCGUGUUUCUACCUCCCUCCCCUGGAUCAGGGAUUUAAAAAGAUAUAUAUAUUUAUUCUGUCUUGUUCCUGUUCUAAACCCACGCUUCUCUCUGCCUCUCCUCCUCCUCCUCCUCCUCCUCCAUCAGCCUGGCAGCGUGGCCAGCUCUGCCUCUCCUCCUCCUCCUCCUCCCCCAUCAGCCUGGCAGCGUGGCCUGCUCUGCCCCCUCCUCCCCCUCCUCCCCUCCCCAUUCUCUCCUCUACUGCUGAGAAAGCUAGCCUGCCUGACACUUCACUCAAAGACACCUCGUUUGUUGAUGCAAGAACACGGGACACUCCCAGGAUCUUCCCUUCUCCCCCUUCAGGAAUGCAAACUCGCUACUUUUCGGCGAUAUUCACCGUUUUGAUCUCACAUUGUGACAGCUGUGAGCAGGCAGCCGCAUCCCCUAACCAGCCAUUAGCCUACUCAGCUGCUUCUCUCCGUCCGUUAUUUCUGCGCAUCUCCCAUCAGUUUUAAAAUGUUAUUUAGCCGUGAUGGUGAGCUGGGGUGUGCAGACAGUGAUGGGUUUUUUGUUACAUUUGUUUAAUUAUUGGAGCAGCUCGCAGCGCGAGCGAAAUGGAUACGUAGAUAUUGUUUCAUUUCGCUUGUAAGAACAAGCAGGCCAGUCUGAUUAGGCUUCACUGUCACGCAGCCUCUGAGUGCCACUGUGGUCCUCUGUAGGUCAGCUUGUAGAGCACGGCGCUUGUAAAGCCAAGGUAGUGGGUUCGAUCCCCGGGACCACCCAUACACAAAAAAUGUAUGCACGCAUGACUGUAAGUCGCUUUGGAUAAAAACGUCUGCUAAAUGGCUUAUUAUUAUUAUUAUUAUUAUUAUUAUUAUAUUAUACUGCCAGAGGAAAAACAGAGCACAGUGACCGGCAGGCAUGCGCCUUUGCGUCACUAAAAACCCUGAGGUUCUAGCCAAACCCCAUUUCUAUCGCGGAUUGACGCACAAAUUACAUAGUUUUAUAAAUCAUGCCGCAGGCCGUUUUUAAACUACUCAUGGGCAACGAGUUUUCGGUUUGAUAAACGACCUUGUUUAGUCAUGUUACCUGGCUAGCUAACAUGGUACUCCUUGGCUAUGCAGACAUUUGGAUGGCACAGAAAAGGGAUAUAUAGCCUACUUGAAGAGAUGCUUCAAAGGAAGGAUGCAUAUGCCUACUCAAUGUAAUUCUAAACCAAAUCUAUUUUUCUGCUUUUCCUUAAAUUAUGUUUGUCUAACUUUUGGGAGCAGUGUGUGAGGGAGAGCGAGAAAGAGGAUGUGUGUUGGAGAGGGAGUAAGUGUGUGUGAGGGAGGGAGGGAGAGUGUGUAGGCUGUGUAAAGUUGUCUGAAGAGCAGGAUAGAGAUGGUUUCAUACAGACCUAGUGUGUGUUCUCCUUACUGACACAAAGAAAAUGCAGAUUGUUAUGCAUUUAAAUUCCUUACUACAUUCCUCCUGCCCAAUCACAGGUAGGCCUUUGGAUAUGAGCAAAUCAGCUAUUUUCUGCAGUUGCCUUUUAUAUUAUACAGUAAAAAGUGCAGUAUUUCCCCUAAACUAAUUUAGCAGCGCCGGGCCGCCACUGCUAUAUAGUUGCCAGCAUUCUAAUAAAUAUGAUUGUCAAAUGUUUUCAGUGUUAUAUAUUUUGUGUGUAGAAUUGCAGGAAAUUAGCUUUAAAACAGCAAAAUUGUCUCUGCGGCCAAGAGGUCAUCUACAAUUUGCGGUCGGAGACUGCGCCAUUGGCCACAGCCACUACCACGCUCUGCCACCCCCAAGCUUACUUUGCCACCGCUGCUGAAAAAAAUCCUGGGGGAAACGCUGAAGUGUGAAGUUAAAUUCAAUGUGUUUUAUUGAGUAGAGGUGUGAAUAUCAGGGUCAGGUUUUCUGCGUGUUUCUGUGCAUAUUUUAUUUUUUCCUUUUUGGGCCCUCACAAGUUUGCAUCCUUGCCCCUUCCUCCCUUGUCUAGAUAGUGUCUCUCUGAACCUGGCCCCCACAGAAACUCUGAAAGGGUUUUUGUUUUAAAAAGCCAGAGCCUAAUGCACUUGAAACAAGGUCUCGGUGCAGUGGGUUUCAGAUCAGAUUAGCCCCCCCCAUUCGGGCAUGCCAUCCUUGAGCCUGAAUACCUGUGACUAGGUAAUAACCCGCUACUCAGCAUGUGUGAGCAAAGAACAGAGCAGAGGGGGAGUGCGGCCAAAGGGUCUUUAGUUCCCGGUCACUGAAAGCACAAGGGUAUUCCUGCAGAAUUACCAAGAUCCCUUUUUCCUUUUCUUAUUUGAUCCUUUCUAGAAUCUUCCCAAGCUUGUGUCUUUGUGUGCUGUUUCUUUUAUUUUUCACUUCCUGUGGUCUCCUUGAUUGAUUAGCUAAUCUCAUUUCAGUGUGGAAAUGAAUUGGAUUUCUAUAAUAGCCAUGAGAUAUUCAGAAGAGAAAUGCUAUCCUUUUGUUUCAGCCACCUCUAGUGGUAAUGGGUGUGUUGAAGAAAAAGUAGUGAGUAGUGAAUUGCCAUUAACCCCUUGUGGUCUGUGUGUUGCAGGUUCUCAUCACGGGCCCGGCAGACACGCCGUACGCCAACGGCUGCUUUGAGUUUGACGUGUACUUCCCCCAGGACUACCCCAACUCCCCGCCCCUGGUCAACCUGGAGACCACCGGGGGACACAGCGUGCGCUUUAACCCAAACCUCUACAACGAUGGAAAAGUGAGUCCCAUAUAGUUACUCAGGGUUAGGGGUUGGUGAGGAGUUGGGUCAACUGCCUAGCUUUUAAUCAACAGUUUAAAUAUUGGGUCUGUUAAUUUAGUGAAAAUGUUUAGUCUCUUCAUCUUUUGGCUUUCCACAAAAAUAUGUCAAAUUUGAGUGUAUAUUCAGUACCAGUCUGUCCAUAGUGAUCCCUCUGUGGCACCAUCAACCUGUUAACCUCACAGCUUGGAGUGCAGAGAGCUUGACUUGAGUAGCCUUACCUCUAUGCUAGUUUAUUUUCGGUGUGUGUGGCCAAAAUUUAAAAAGAAGCACUAUAUUCCCCCCCACUCCUCUCCCCUGGAGAAAAGCUGUAAAGGUUCUGGAGCCUGCCUCAUCUGCUCUUCCUCAUUAGGGAGGCUCUGACAGGGAACAUCUAUUUUCAUAAUGGAAUGAGACAGCUGCUAUAAGAAUUACUGUGGGCUUUCUACAGCAGAGAUACCACUGGUGGGGAGGCCAGGGCAAACUGCCUCUCAGCUUUCCCUCUGAAUGAUGGGUGGAUGGAUGGGUAGGAGGGCCUCUGCCUGUGGAUGUUUACCUGACAGUCAUUCUCUUGUCUUCAACCCUUGAUCUGUUCUGUCUUCUCCAGGUGUGUUUAAGUAUCCUCAACACCUGGCACGGGAGACCGGAGGAGAAAUGGAACCCUCAGACCUCUAGCUUUUUACAGGUGAGACAGAAAUCCACUGUGUUAUACCUCCACCACCCUUUCAUGUGUCUGUUUGUUUCUGCUGUCAAAACCAGAGUCCAUCUCAUCAGUCGUUGGUGAUGUUGGAUCAUCAGCCUGUGUCUGUGACCCCAGGGUGUGUAUUAAUAGAUGGCUGUUUUGACAGAUGCCAUGAAGGAUCCUCCAUACUGUAAACCCAUUAAUAGGGUUUAUGUUGGCGUGUGUGUUGUGCAAACCCAUACUAGUCCCAGCAUUGCACCAUCACUUAACCCCAAGGCAAUACCAUCUCGACACCCAUCACUCUGAGAUGGGCUGCUAAGGGUUUUUAUCACCAGCUUUAUCAUUGACAGCCAGUCUGUAGUCUGUUUGUGUCACACUGGUAGAGACCUUGGAGCAAAUCUCAAAUAACACCCUAUUCCCUAUAUAGUACACUACUUUUGAGUGCACUAUAUACGAAAUGGGGUGACAUGAUUGUCUGAAGUAGUACACUGUAUAUGGAAUAUGGUGUCAUUAGAGCCACAGCCCUGGGGUCGGUCUGUAGCAAUGAUUAUAUAUGAAUGGACAAAGCCAUCGAUCACGUGACCCCAUUCAUUCCUAUGUGAAGAUUCAAUAGCACAUUGAAGCCAAAUGAAGUCGGUUAAGAUGGAGACAUAACAUGUGCAGUUUGAGCUACUCCAGGAAUUGACUUUUCAAGGCCAGCUCAGUUCUGCCACCUCUCACUAAGUAACUUGAGUUGAAGGCCGACCAGAGUACUGCAGGCUGCCAUUAGCAACUAAAUUAUCCUUAUAACUUCUGUGUGCAAUUACAAAAAUAAUCGGUUCAUGGACAUCUGGUGUAUUAGAAGCAAUUAUUGGUACCUAGAUUGUCAUAUAAAAAUAAAAAAAAUGUACACAGAGUGCCCUUUUUCCAUUCACUAUAAUGGGGGAUCCUGUUUUCUGCUUACUGCGGUCAGCCGUGUACUUCCGUGGCUUUCAAUGAGAGGGGGCAGUGGUUCUCCCCUUGUCUGUAGGCAGUGUGUCCCAGGCAGGCCUGGAGAACAGGGAGGGAGAGAUGGAGCAUCCAUCAGAGUAAUAAAGCUAUAAAUCUCCCAGAGCCCAGGGAGCUUUGGGCUGGCCAGCCGCAGGGGAACACAAGCAGAGGGAAGCACAGCCUACAGCCCCAAUGUACUCCUCUAACCCAGCCCCCCUCCCUCUCUCUCUCUCUCUCACACACACACACACACACACACCUCCAGCAUACAUGUCAUCCACUGUGCAUACGGGGGGAGUCAUUUUCUGUGUAUAUUGAUCCGGCAACAAGCCAGCUAGAGUCCUUGGAAAUGGCUCCCUAUUUUUAAAUUCCCUCAUUUGCAGGGUUGGAGAGUUCAUAGAGAUGUCUCCAUUGAUUAUCAUUCUAGUUGGUGUCUGCCAGAUCAAUAAUGGAAAUAGGAGGCUGAAUGGGGAAGUGGUGGAAUCAAGUGAAAAUCAGCCGGUCCUGAUAUCUAGAUCCGGUGAGCAGGUUGGGGAAGGUUGCGGGUGGGGAGCUAGGAGAGGGUAUAAAGGAAAGGUCACCAGGGUCAGAGUUGGUAGACAGUGUCCCUUGGCACUCAUACAGUAUCAAAUUCUUCAUCCCGACUGAUGGUUGCGGUAAGGGUUGGGCUAAUCUAGAUCUAUUGUUACGCUGACAUCUACUUGACCGUCAGGGUACACGAUGAGUGUUGUCCAGCUUGGCCUGGCAGACGGGCAGGCAGCCGUCCAGCUAGUGUCUGGCUCUGUGGGUAAUAUACACUGGGCAGAGUGAUGGCGAAGCAGUGUACCCAGUCUCCUUGAGACAGCCUGGGGCAUUCAUUGAAUCGUUAAUAAAGAUGUAUAGAAGUUUUUUGUUUUGUUUUUGAGGAUGAAAAAUCAUGCUUUUGUCUGAUGCUCUCUUAGUGUCCCCAUGCAUUCUGCUGCAUUGCUCAUUGUAGUCUCUGCAAUCUUCUCACCUACAGUGAGGGAAAAAAGUAUUUGAUCCCCUGCUGAUUUUGUACGUUUGCCCACUGACAAAGACAUGAUCAGUGUAUAAUUUUAAUGGUAGAUUUAUUUGAACAGUGAGAGACAGAAUAACAACAAAAAAAUCCAGAAAAACGCAUGUCAAAAAUGUUAUAAAUUGAUUUGUGUUUUAAUGAGGGAAAUAAGUAUUUGACCCCUCUUCAAAACAUGACUUAGUACUUGGUGGCAAAACCCUUGUUGGCAAUCAGAGGUCAGACGUUUCUUGUAGUUGGCCACCAGGUUUGCACACAUCUCAGGAGGGAUUUUGUCCCACUCCUCUUUGCAGAUCUUCUCCAAGUCAUUAAGGUUUUCGAGGCUGACGUUUGGCAACUCGAACCUUCAGCUCCCUCCACAGAUUUUCUAUGGGAUUAAGGUCUGGAUACUGGCUAGGCCACUCCAGGACCUUAAUGUGCUUCUUCUUGAGCCACUCCUUUGUUGCCUUGGCCGUGUGUUUUGGGUCAUUGUCAUGCUGGAAUACCCAUCCACGACCCAUUUUCAAUGCCCUGGCUGAGGGAAGGAGGUUCUCACCCAAGAUUUGACGGUACAUGGCCCCGUCCAUCGUCCCUUUGAUGCGGUGAAGUUGUCCUGUCCCCUUAGCAGAAAAACACCCCCAAAGCAUAAUGUUUCCCACCUCCAUGUUUGACGGUGGGGAUGGUGUUCUUGGGGUCAUAGGCAGCAUUCCUCCUCCUCCAAACACAGCAAGUUGAGUUGAUGCCAAAGAGCUCGAUUUUGGUCUCAUCUGACCACAACACUUUCACCCAGUUCUCCUCUGAAUCAUUCAGAUGUUCAUUGGCAAACUUCAGACGGGCCUGUAUAUGUGCUUUCUUGAGCAGGGGGACCUUGCGGGCGCUGCAGGAUUUCAGUCCUUCACGGCGUAGUGUGUUACCAAUUGUUUUCUUGGUGAUGGUCUUGUAGCCCAUUCCAGCCUUGUGUAGGUCUACAAUCGUGUCCCUGACAUCCUUGGAGAGCUCUUUGGUCUUGGCCAUGGUGGAGAGUUUGGAAUCUGAUUGAUUGAUUGCUUCUGUGGACAGGUGUCUUUUAUACAGGUAACAAACUGAGAUUAGGAGCACACCCUUCUAGAGUGUGCUCCUAAUCUCAGCUCGUUACCUGUAUAAAAGACACCUGGGAGCCAGAAAUCUUUCUGAUUGAGAGGGGGUCAAAUACUUAUUUCCCUCAUAAAAAUGCAAAUCAAUUUAUAACAUUUUUGACAUGCGUUUUUCUGGAUUUUUUUGUUGUUAUUCUGUCUCUCACUGUUCAAAUAAACCUACCAUUAAAAUUAUAGACUGAUCAUUUCUUUGUCAGUGGGCAAACAUACAAAAUAAGCAGGGGAUCAAAUACUUUUUUCCCUCACUGUAUCCCCCUGCUUUUGUCUCCUCCAACUUUUUCUUGCUCUCUUUUAUCACUCUUGCUCCCCCUCCUCUCUCUUUCUCCCCACACACCCCCUUCGGUAACCUCCCUACAAGUUAUGGCUGUAUGUGUAUUUCAUAAUAUCAAAUGCAUUCCAUUAAUCUCUCUCCUCCCCAUCUCUCUACAGGUGCUGGUAUCGGUGCAAUCUCUGAUCCUAGUGUCGGAGCCCUACUUCAACGAGCCGGGCUAUGAGCGUUCACGCGGAACCCCCAGCGGCACACAGAGCUCCCGCGAGUACGACGGAAACAUCCGUCAGGCCUCCGUCAAGUGGGCCAUGCUGGAGCAGUUGCGCAACCCCUCGCCUUGCUUCAAAGAGGUGAGCUGUCAAAUCACCCCCCCCCCCCCUCCCCGCUAUCAGGCUAUCCUACAGUGCCUCAUCCUUUCAUACAUAGUUAGGCUACCUCGCAGCUUUCCUGACACCUCAACCUGGCCCAACAUCAGUGUUUAAUGGCUCUCAAUUCUACUGUAGUAUCAUUCUUUGUAAUGACAAACCAUAACACUCACCAUGCUCCCUUGUUACAGUAGCUACCAGCCUCUGCUUAAAAAAACCCAGCAGAUAAAGGACAAACUCUCCUUUGGGACGAUAUGAGGACAGUGGCAGAUCAUACAUUCACUGUUUAUUAUUUCCCAGGUAGAUAAUAUUGCCCCUGUUUUUAAUUUACUCCUGUCCUUGACACGGGCUGUGCAGGCUGAUAGCGUGGAAGAUAGCGAUCAGUCACCAGCUCUGCUUAGGGAGAGGGAGGGGAAGAUGGGGGAGGGUGGGGGAGAGGGGGGGGAGGGAGGGGAGGGUGAGGGGGAGGGGAGGGAGGGGAAGAUAGGGGGGAGAGAGGGGGAGGGGAGGGUGGGGGGGAGGGAGGGGGAGAUGGAGAGAAAGAGGGUGGGGGGGAGUGAGAAGCAGAGGGAGGUUGGGAGGUAG